AUGGAACAGCAAGAUCAGCAAAAAGAAGACGACUAUAUCAGGAUUGGAAUAUGCGGUCGUACUGGCUCCGGCAAGUCCUCUCUCUUGCAAGCAUUGUUUCGCACUCUUGAAGCCUCUGAUGGCAGCAUUCUUAUUGACGGUGUCGACAUUUCAAAGAUCGGUUUACACGACCUUCGCCAGCGUUUGACUCUAAUACCUCAGGUUAGAAGGCAGACACAUCACCAAAAACAUUUAUUGGUCGGUGUUUAG